AAAAACAAUUUUGUAGUGUACAAACCGGUCAACAAAUUGAGUUUGCUUGUUUGACUGCAGUUUCUACGGGUGUUACACACGGUAUUGAAAGAAAAGAAGGGGGUCUAUUAUCAUGUUUCUCCAUCGGCUUUGAUUAUGCGAUUCGGAUGUUCGACCUUUCGUUUAUUUCGGUUUUGAAACGGUAAAGGUAGGGAAUGGGUAUGUUGACAGCGCGCUAAAAUAAAACACGUGGUGAAGUUGUAGUGCUUGUGGACUGUGUUUUUAAAUUUAUUUUAAAAUGGAAAAAGAUCUGAAUAUGACUUCUACAGAAGAAAACCCGGAUGAUGAUUCGUCAGGGAUAAAAAUGAAAAAAGAAUUGUCGCUAAUGGACGGGGUGGCAAUUAUCGUUGGGGUUAUUAUUGGCUCCGGGAUUUUUGUUUCUCCUAAGGGUGUUUUAAAAGUUUCUGGUUCUAUUGGAUUAGCGAUAAUAGUUUGGAUACUUUCGGGGGCUUUGUCAAUGAUUGGAGCAUUAUGUUAUACCGAAUUAGGUACUAUGAUACCAAAAUCUGGAGGAGAUUAUGCUUACAUCAAAGAAGCUUUCGGGUCCCUUCCGUCAUUUUUAUACCUUUGGGUAGCACUAUUUGUUUUGGUGCCUGUAGGAAACGCUAUAACGGCAAUCACGUUUGCCCAAUACAUCGUACAACCAUUGUGGGGCACUUGUCCAGCGCCGUAUGAAGCUGUGCGACUGAUAGCUGCAGCUACUAUUUGUAUUUUAACGGCCAUUAAUUGCUAUAAUGUUAAAUGGGUAACACGGGUCCAAGGAAUAUUCACAGCCACGAAAAUGUUCGCACUUGGAAUUAUUGUGAUUGCUGGAAUCUACUAUGCUUGUACGGGCCAUGUGGAACAUUUUCAAAGGCCUAUGCAAGGAUCGAAUUGGGAUCCAGGCCAUAUUGCGCUGGCCUUCUAUUCAGGAUUGUUUUCCUAUUCCGGUUACAAUUAUUUAAACUACGUUACGGAGGAACUUAAGGAUCCUUACAAGAAUCUCCCCAAAGCCAUCUGUAUAUCCAUGCCGGUAGUAACAAUCGUAUAUGUUGUUACAAACAUAGCCUACUUUAUUGUAUUAAGCAAAGAUGACGUUUUAGCUUCCGAGGCUGUUGCUGUGACUUUUGGAGAUAAAAUUUUAGGCAUGUUUUCUUUCCUCAUGCCUUUAUUCGUCGCUUGCUCAACAUUUGGCUCCCUAAACGGAGCGAUAUUUGCUUCCUCGAGGUUGUUUUACGUAGGAGCCAGAGAUGGCCAUUUGCCUCAAGCUAUCUGUUUGAUUUCUGUGAAGAGGUUGACACCUGUCCCGUCUUUAGUAUUUUUGGCAAUCAUCACGCUAGCAUUAGUAAUGGUAGAAGAUGUAUACGCCCUUAUUAAUUAUGGAUCUUUUGUAGAAGCACUUUUUAUUACCGUCAGUAUUGUGGGACUUUUAUACAUGCGCAGAACUCAUCCAAAAGCCCCACGACCUAUCAAAGUGAACUUAAUCCUACCUAUUACAUUCUUCAUAAUAUGCGGGUUCUUAGUAACGUUUCCGUGUUACGUAACCCCUCUAGAAGUAGGAGUUGGUGUAGCUUUUAUAUUAUGUGGUAUUCCAGUAUACUUCGUUACGAUAUAUUGGCAAAACAAACCACUUUGGUUACAGAACUUUUUUAACGAUUUUAAUAAUGGCUGUGCUAAGUUGUUUAUGUGCGUGCCUGCAGAGAGUGAGAAAGAUUUUUGAUAUAUACUUUUUUUAUUUAUUAAUUUAUUGUAAUAAGUAUUAGUACGGUGAACACGAGGGACCAAAGUUUAGUUAAACUCGAAUUCUUUUUUAUUUUUUAAAGCGCCAACACUAUGUUUCGUUGUGACCUACAUGGACAUAUUAUUUUUUAGUUAUGCGGCUUUAUGUGCCACUAAUUUAAAAAAAUUUAUUAUUUUUAUAUUUAUUUUUAUUUCGUUUAUACUAGUAGAGAAAUUUAGCUGUAACGCUCGUUAAAGGAAGAGAACAAAACAUUAUCAAAAAUCAUCUAGGGGUAAAAUACAUAACAAUAAUACAUUUGUAAUAAUACAUUUUUGAGUUAUCUUGUAAUGAUAUCUAUCCGUCAUUAAACUCUUUUGAAAAUCUGAAAACUGAACCUGAAAAUUGAACUGAAAUAAUUGAAAAUUUAAAUUGAAGAAUAGUGAUUAAACAGAAUAUUUAGUUGAUAGAAAAUUUGAGCCCACUCAACUAGAAGAAAAAUGGAAACAAAACAGGAAGUUAACAAAUGAAUAAAAUCAAAAGAAAUUGUAAUAAAAUCAUUAUUUGAAGAAAAAUAACAAACAUGUAACGUCAGACUAUAAUAUUGCAUUAUCCAAAAUAAAAUACGUAAUUUUUGAAGUUAUACUUCUUUAGGCGCAAUUGAGAGUUAAAUUUCAUAAUUCUGCGCGCAUGCGCACGCAGACAGUAUGGCGUUUAGUUGGGGGGUCAUCCAUAAACUACGUCGUUGAGAAGAGGUAGGGAGGGGGGCUUGCUUAUUUCGACGAAAUACGACAGGGGGUGGGGGGUAUGAGUGCACAUUCGACGUCGUUUAAUAUAUGUAUAUUUAAAUUUGUCGCUACUGUCUAUAAAUAUAAUUUUUUACUAGCUUUUACCAGCAUUAAAAUAUCAGAUAUUCAUAUAAAAACGUACCUAUAGUUUUUGAAAUGAAAUUGAAAAUAAAACAAAACGUUUACGAAUAAACACACCUUUGUUAAAAUUAAAAAGAAUUCUCUUAUAGAUACUUUUAUCGCAUACAUUUCGUUUUUAUCAGUCACAGCCUUAAAAUAAUAUUAGGUAGCACUUUUGUACAGGACAACAAACAAUAAGACAUUGUUUUUUGGGUUUAAACAAGCGCUUCUAUAUACAGAAAAAUGUUUGUAAGCAAACAAUAUUCAAUUGUUAGUUCAUUUAUGUGCUGCAUACUGUGUGUGAAAAAAUAGUUCUGAAAGAAUGAAUGCAAAUAAAAUAUUGUGUUAUAUUUAGUUAGUAAGUCGUAUUUAUACUUAGAGAAGAUUUAUACGCAAAAUCUUGGUUUAAUGCUAUUUAAAUGCAUUCAUUUUUUUCGAAUGCUCAGAAAACUAAUAAAAAUUUUUGAAAAAUUUAAACGCAGAUUGAGAGAUUACAUUAUUACCGAGGGCCAAAAGUUUCUGAAAACAUCUAUAAUGUUUAUUUUAAUAAGUUACAGGGAUAAAAAAAUAUUUAGUCUGAUUUUUAAGUUCAAAAAUUUAAUUCAAAAGAAAUCUUUUGUUUAUUUUAAGGGACUUUCAGCCCUCGGUAAUAAUGUAAUCUUUCAUUCUGCAUUUAUAUUUUUUAAAUAUAUUUAUUAGUUUUCUCAGGAUUCGAAAAAAGAAUGCAUUUAAAUAGCGUUGGACCAAGAUUUUGCGCCUACCCCCUUAAUUGUUCUUGUUAUGAUACAUUCGGAAAUAAAGUUUCAAGGUUGAUUAAAAAAAAACAGAAAUAACAUUUAAUUUUUUUAAAUCACUGAAAUUGGGGUCGUGAACUGCAAUGACGACGUCGACAUGGGGGGGGGUUCGUCUGUAACCGACGAAUUACGACGGAAGGGGGGGCAGGGUAUUAAAAAGUCCAAAUUUUUUACGACGUAGUUUAUGGAUGCCCCCCUGCUGAAUCUUUCUAGUUAUGUAUAAAUAUAUCAGUGCAAGAAAAGGUGUGAAAAUAUUAGUGUUUUUAGUAAAUAUAUUUAUUAUAAUUUUUGUGUCUUUGGAUUUGUCUUCAUCAGGAGUAAGAUGAGUAUUAUUAAAACAUUCUAUUGUAUAUUUAUUCACCUUGUAUGUUUGUUAAUACCGUGAAUUGUCAUUAGGUACGUCCGAACCGAUACAGACACAGUCCUCGUAGCGUAUUUGAUAUAGCAUUUAGUCGAGGCAUUAAAGGAUUGAAGUGUCGAUUUUUCGAAUGUUUUGUAUAAACCUAUUUACAAAUGUUUCUUCUAAAAUUUAGGAAUAUAUUAAUUUUAUAAUACAUUUAAGUAUGUAGUAAUUUUCUUUACAAUUUUUACUUACCUAUUUGUUUUUGUUUAUACCUAAUAUCGCCCGUGUCAAGCAAGUGUCUGCGUAGGCUAGCGGUAUGUGUAUCUAGUUACGGACGUGUUAGUACUUGGUUCGAUUUCCCAUAAGGAAGAAGUUUUUGUUUAUUAUUAAUGGUUAUUGACAUCUUAGCAGAGGCGUGCGGUCCAUGGAAGCGGGGGAAGCACCGCUUCUCUAUUAUAUACUUCGAUAUAACAAAAUAUAUUAUUAACUAAUAUUUAAUUAUCAAAAAUUUUCCCCAAUCCCAGUAAUCUACAUAUUAUUACCUAGGCAAUAGGCAUUGAAAAAUAUUAAAAAUUAAUCGCAUAGGAAGGAACUCAAUAUGCACUAUGCACACAAUUCAACUACAUAUUCGGUCCACCCCUGACAGAAGCGCAUCUCAAAAUCGCCGCUUGUCAUGCAGUUGUCUCGUAUCCAAAUUGGUCAGGGUUCAAUGACCGCACUCACUAGUCGCGCGAAUUUUGGUACCCUGCAGAAGCGAUUGUUCGAUCGCCUUCCAAGAGUGGGAUGCUCUGACUGUUACUGCUUCUAAGGGGUGCUUAGUCUGCUUAGGUACAUACAUUCGCUUAAAGAAUAUUUCGAUUUAAAUUUUUUGCAGAGAUUUUUCCUUUUACUGAUCUUUUAUUUGACAUUUUACAGAUGAAGUCAAUUGACAUUGUAUUUUGUAUAAGACAAAUUGAUGACUUUAUUAAUACGAUAAUUAAAAAACGAGAGCAGUUUAAAAAUAUUUGGGAUAAAACUGAAAAUAUGGGGUUUGAACAUAAAAGAAAAAGAAUGAAGAUUGAUAAUGUCGACAACAGAGAGACCUUUUGAUAACAUUGUACAAAAAAUGAAUUUUCGCUUUCAAAAUUUUAACGAAUUAAAAUUUGUAGAAUUAUAUAAUAUAUUCUUAUUUAAUAUUUCUAAUUAUAAUUCAUCAAAAUUUCCCACAGAGGAAUUUAUUUCACUACGAUUAAAUAAUGAAAAUAUUUUGAUAUGCCAGCUUUGCAUUAUAAGUUAAGUGUUGUUUAUGAAACAACUCACAUUAGUGAUAAAGAUAUACUCAGAAAUCUGGGUAUUUCUUAUAACUACUGGUUUAAAAAAGUCCCUGUGUGAAGUGUCCAAGUUGUGUGAAUUACUACAAACUAUCCCAGUCACAAGUGCAUCAGUUGAACGAAGUUUUUCAGUAGUAAAAUGCAUUAAAAGUUUUACAAGAAAUUCAACAAGCGAAGACAGACUUUACAAGUCCAUUGAAAAAGACCGAAUUCAACAAUUAUCAGAAGUUGAUAGGAGAAUAGAGCUCAAGUAUAAAUAAGUGUCAUAUUGUUGAAAGUUGUGUGUUGUGGAAAAUGCCUUGGAAAUAAAAAAAAAACAUUUAAAUAGAUCUCUUCUUUAGGAAACGAAGCCCGGAGCGAGGACUUAAGGCCCGAGCAAGCAAUGCAGAUCAAUGAUAGGUCACUAUAGUCACUAGAAAUAGCGGCAAUAGAGUGCCUCACGCAUUGAUCGGGCUAGGAUUUAGUGUGUGACUCCUUGUACCCAGGACGUCUCACAUAAGCACUUUGCUGAUAGAGAGCCACUAUAGCGCAUCAGAGUGUUAUCAGGUGGGAAGUGGCUCGACCCUCAACCCUUAAGAAAAUAUUUUUAUAUUUUAUAUAAAUAUUUAAAAGUCACCGCACGCCACUGCAUCUUAGGCUAUUAUAUGGACUUAAAAGUGAUUAAAAAUAAUUAAAAUAAUUAAUCGGGAUGUUGCGCAACUAUUUACCGAGUUGCAAAUUUAUAAUAAUUGCCUAUUUCAAAAUGCAUUUUUCUUGUGCACAAAUGCAAUUUCAGAUUUCUUAUUCAUUACAUUAGUUCACAAAAUUUUCUGACAUUCUCACGAAUCCAACGCACCAAACUGCAUUAAAAUCCGUCUUACUGCGCCAAAAAUCGAGAGUAAGGCCUUUUUUUGUGCUUCAAUGCCUCGACUAAUUCGGCCAGAGGUCGAAAGGUCUUGAGUUUGAAUCCAGUGCAAUCCUAUACUUUUUUUUUAUUUUUUUGAAAGCGGUAAGCACAAAAUUAAUUUGGUGUUUAAAAAAAAUUAAAACAAACUGUUUAAAGUAUAUUUAUUUUUAAUAAAUCAUAUAAUAGAAGUAUAACUUCUUACGUGCGUACAAAGUACACACACCUUCUUUUUUUAACGUAUGGAUGUCGGUCUGAAUGUUUUUCUUCUUCUUCUUUUUCGUAUACUUGUCAAUCUGUUAAUUCCGACGUUGAAGUAUUUCUUGAGAGGUAGACUGACAGCUUUCCCUCCAUCUUUUUGGUGGUCUCCACGGUGGACGCUUGCUAGCUGGUUAUCCUUCUAGCGCAAUUCUUGGUAGUUUGUGUAAAAUUCCGUUGUUCCGAUGUACUUUCAUAUUGGCUUAUAUUAAUAAAACCCAACAUAUGCCUUUCAUACGUCACAUUGCUAAAAACGGUUUUGUUCUUUCAGGAACAUAAAAAAGUAAAUUUUUUUAUGAUUAAAAACUAGAGCGUUAUACCCAAAUUUCACUACAUAAGUGUAAUAACUACUUAAAGAUUAUAAUGUGCCUUCGUUUAUAUAGAGUCGCUGCGCCUGUAAAAUUCAACAUUUUUUGAAAAAUUUAGUUUAUUUCGAAUUUUAAUUCAUUUUAUGAAGUCGGGCCAACCUAAAAACCAAUGUUGUAUAAUUUCUUAACUGGUUAAGAAUAUAAGAAAAAAAUAUCUGUACAAUUCCUUGAAACAUGGUUUUAGGAAUAAUACAAUGGGGUAUAGACCCACCUCUUUUUUUGUAUGAUUUUUUUGUAGGUUUUUGCAGAGGCAAAUUUUUGCGAUAAUAACUGUAUAAUACAGAAAACACAUGUGUAUACAAGAUAUGUAUAGAACGUAAUAGUUAUUUAUGAUAUAAGUGUUAAAAGUACACGUUUAAGGCACGCAUGUGAAAGUUUGCAGCAUGAGCGAAGCGAGUUCUGCAAUUCACAUGAAUGCCUUAAAAAUGUACUUUUUAACACGCAUAUCAUACAAUAUUUUUUCUACAAACGUAAUUACAGGACAAUAUCUACAAAAACUUUUACUUGAACUUGACUGACAUUCCAUUUUAUAUUUUUUGACAUUACAUCAAAAUUGCAUAUACGGUCAAUACGAACUGCAGUGCCUUAAAAAUUUUUAAAGCACUAGUGCCUUGAAGUAGCAUUUUUAACGCUCGUAUGGAGUGCUAAAAAUUGCAUUUUUAACACGUUUGUAGAAAAAAAUAUUUAAAAUUAGGAUGAAACAAUUUUAAUUAUUCCAUUAUGAAACAUAAAUGUAUUAUAUGCGCAUUUUGAGGCAUUUAGAAAUGUAAAUAGCGAUUAUAUUUAUAUAAUCAUAUUAUUCUACUUUAAUAUUAAUAUAUUAUUUAUAAUGCUCAAACACUGUGUCAAAAUAGAGGGUUUGUAAGAAUGUGUAACAUUAAAUGUUCAGUUAAAGAAUUUAUACCAACAAAUCAUAUCAUAAAUACAUUUGUUGACGUAUCGUCGGUUUACUGCCAAAACAACAUAACUCCACUUUUUAAACUUUUCAGAGAUCUAUGUUUUAAAGUUUAUUUAGAAAUGAAAAAUCGUUUGAAUUUAAAAAUGAUUUAAUGACCGAAGAAUAUUAAACUAAAUACCAUUGCAAACGAAAAACGUUAAAAAAAUUGUUAAAAUACAUAAAGGGAAAAUUAAAAAAAAAUAUGAAUAACUUUUUUUUAUGUACUUGUCUGGUUUUGGCUGUACAAAGUUAGUCGUCUUCCAGGUUACUUUGUCACAUCACUGUUCCCAUUAUCGCUCAUAUUUACAGGUCGAUCUUAACCAAAAAUAUUUAUUUCUUUGUACAUACUCAGAAAUGUGAUCGAACUUGACAACAUAUACCUGGUUUAGAUUUUAAAUAUGUCAAGCAUUUUAUUUAUAGCAGCUAUAGUAAUAGAUAGCAAUAGAUCCGCUAUAGUAAUAGAUAGCAAUAAAAGUUAAUAACAAAAAUUUUAGCCACCUUUGAGCAUUACAUUACAAAAUUAGUUCGAAUGUUACAGGGUGUUCGAUAACACAGUGGCAGACCAAACUUAUGUUUCUUUAAAUGGAACGCCCUAUAUUUUAUUUUAAAUUCGAAAUCCCGUUAACUUCUCCAUCACAAAAAUAUAAAGGUUUGUUAUGUUAUACAGGGUAUUUACAAAGUUAUAACCAAUUUUAUAUGAAAAUCGUUCAACUCCCUGUAUAAAUAAAAAUAAGCAAAACAGCAAUGAUUUAUUAAUGCCUUAUUUUUUUACGUAUUGUCAAAAUUUUCAAUAAUGAUUGAUAUUGCUAAUUUUCUUUAUAUCAAAUACAGGGUGAGUCAAAAUGCAAGUACAUUAUUUUCUCAGUAAUUUUAAAUGGAACACCCUGUAUUUUAUAUCACUAUUGAAGAGUACCAUUACCGUACUUUAAUUUUUAAAUAACAUUCCCUAUGCCUAAAUUUAUAAGCUUUUGAGAUAUUUUCAUUUUUCAACGGACCAAUAGCGUGGCCACCCAAAUCACCAGAAUUUAAUAAACUGGACUGAUUUUUUUGGGGUUACGUUAAUAAUGAAGUUUAUAAAAUACCUCCAAUACAACAAGGGAUGAGAUGAAAAAUAGAAUACAAAGUGUAUUUCGAUGUGUUAAUUUACAAAUGCUUCGUAGGGUAAGUAGCUCAUUCAAUGAUCGUUUUUAGGCGUUCACAAAAAUAUGUUAGGAGAUAAUUUUGAACACCUUAUGUAAUUAAAUAUUAAAAAUAUUUUAUUAAAAGUAGCUCCUAAUUUUUUCAAACAUGUUUUUUUGCAAAAUGUAUUACUGACAAAUUAUUGUUCGUUGUUUAUUUGUUACAUUGCUACAUUUACAUACAAAAGUAGUGGUUAAUUGUCUUCACAAAAUGUUGUAUUUUGUGUUGGUGUGUUUUUUUGUAAAAUUUAUUACUAAUUUUCUUUCUUUAUUUUUUACAUUUACAUAAAAAAGCAGUUUUUAAUUGUUUCAAAAAAUGUUGCAUGUGGUGGUUGUGUUUUUUUUUUGUAAAAUGUAUUACUAAUAAAUUAUUUUUAUUUAUUUAUUUGCUACAUUGUUACAUUGAUUACCGGAUUGAUAAUCAGUAAUCAUCAAUUGUCAAAAAAAAACACCAAAAACAGAUUGAAAACAAUGGGAAACCUUCUCUGGUAACACCUCUGAGGCUUCUACAAUUUGCAAGCCAUAACGGAUGCUGAGACUAAGGAAGAUAAGGGAAUUUUACAAUUUAUAAUUCACGUCCCAUCUGCUCAGCGCGGUAAAGUUUCAACGUGAAUGGUUCCCUUCGUACUCCAAUCAGAGUAAACAUGUAAAUCAAAAAUGGAUAACCAUUUUCAAUUUCGUUGCAACACGAAACUGCAGCCGCAUCAUUAUUCCAGUUCAAUCAGAGUGCAGCAAGCACCCCUACCGGUUUCGAAACUUAUUAGUCUCUCAUCAGGAGGCACAUAUGCUGCUCUCUCUGACCCAACUAGGACAAACCCCGGCAUGUUUACUCUGAUUGGAGUACGAAGGGAACCAUUCUCGUUGGAACUUUACCGCGCUGAGCAGAUGGGACGUAAAUUAUAAAUUGUAAAAUUCCCUCAUCUUCCCCUCGGGAGGUGUUACCAGAGAAGGUUCCCAUUGUUUUCGAUCUGGUAGGAUGUAGAGUAACAUUUUUGGAUGUUGUUUUAUGUGCUAUUAGAUUGAAAAUUUAGAUUUUUGCUAGCAGUUGCCGCUAGGGAAUCGCUGCCAUCCCUGCCAUUUCGUUCGUUGCAAUCCGUGACUGCACGCCGGGGUUUGUCCUAGUUGGGUCAAAGAGAGCAGCAUAUGUGCCUCCUGAUGAGAGACUAAUAAGUUUCGAAACCGGUAGAGGUGCUUGCUGCACUCUCUGAUUGAACUGGAAUAAUGAUGCGGCUGUAGUUUCGUGUUGCAACGAAAUUGAAAAUGCUUAUUCAUUUUUGAUAAAAUAUUUUAACAGAAAACUGCACAUGUCUGUUUUUGGCUGAAUAAAAGUGUCGUCACUGGAGUUAGUCUUUUUUCAGCUCCUUUGUUUCCCCACAUUUAAUGUCUGUUUGGACGUGCUUGGUUUUUUCAGUAUAUUCUUUAAGAAAUUUCAUGCUUAAAGGGAGUAUUUAACUCGGAAUCGACAAAAAGUGGAGUUAGCUUGUUUUGGCAGUAAGCCGACGGUAUACUCGGAACCUAUUUUUGUUUAUGAUUUUAUGUGAAACCAUAUGACGUAAUAUUUAUGGGACCAAAAAUUAAGUUUUUAACUAAUAUAAUGCUUUGUACAAAAUUUUUAGUGAUAAUAGUGGUAAGAAUGACCUAUAUUGUCUUAUUUGUUCAAUUAAUACGUGAUACCUAAUAUACUGUACCACAACGAAAGUAAAAUAUUUACUAUUGUCAUGAAAUUUUUUUUUAUUAAUUAAACCAAUUGAACACUGAUAUCUUCUAGAUGUAUAUAAUUAUGUUGUAAGAUCUAAAACAAUGGUAAUUAAAUUACAAAUAAAAAUUUUUAUCCUUAAGCCGUAUCCUCAUUGAGUUGACAUUGUCGAUCGACUCUGUCUAUCGACACUGUCGACCGACAAAUCGAAAAAGCUUUCGCAUGUCCACACCAGGUAGGCAGAAUUUUUGUCGACAGUCGAAACGAAAAUGUGUGACGAAGAUGACACCAUUUUCAAAGUAGAAAUCGGUAUAGCGGUAGUAAUCCGAUGGAAGAAUUUUCCUUAGAUUUGUUUUUAAUUUGUGAGCUUCAAUAAAUGCCAUCACUUUUUCUUUUUCCCAUUCCAUUUUGCCGACAAGUACAAAACACGAGACUUUAGAUGAGGCAGACUACGCCGCAAGCUGAAUUAUUUUCACUGUAUUUUUACCAAUGUCGAAGGUCGAAUGCUAUCUAGCACGUCCACACUUCGGAUUCGACUCGACUACCCUUUGAUUUUACCGAGAGAGCAUGGAAAACCAGUCGACACGUCGAUCGACAAAGUCGAUUGCCGCAUACACACUCAGUCGAGAGUGUCGAUAAACAGAGUCGAUCGACAACGUCGACUCGAUGAGGACGCGGCUUUAGAUGCAAUGUACUUUUCGCAAUCGAGACAGAGUAAUAAAUCAACAUCAACACCUCUACUUUUGUCAUCUCUUUUUAUAUUUCACAACGUAUUAUGUUUUCCGUCUUUUACGUUAUUUUGCCGGCUAUUAGCGUGCUCAUCACUGUAUACUCUAAUCCAAAACAUAGUUUGGUUUUUUGUUUUCCUUUCAAAAUUUACUAUAUUAUUCUCCAGAUUUAAGCCAUACUGCUCUCUUUUUGAUCAUUUCAGAUAUCUACAGAAUCAAAAGCAUUGAGCUCUGGUGGGGCUCUUUUCGUGUUAUCGAGCCCUAGGUGACUUGGUAUGCUGGAGUAUCUCUCAAAUAUUUUCGUACACAUCUGGAUAUCGAGAGUUAUACAGCUUUUUGCAUGGUCUUAUAGAGAUGUUCACCAAGAACCAGCUGUUUCAUGUUCUCUAUGAGAUUCUUUGAAAUGAUUACAGUACUAGAGAGAAUAUAAGGUAUUGGCUAGGUGCUUUCAUUCUCCAUUGUCUCCUUAUGUGUAUCUCAAGAUCUUUGUACUUGUACAGAACCGACUAUAGCAGGGGUGGCCAAGCUUCUUGAUAGUCCGAGCCAUUUGUCAAAAUUUGAAAUUUUUCGCGAGCCGCAAUUAAACAAUUACCUACCUAAAAAGUGAAAAAAAUGGUUAUUAUAUUAUUACAUUUCUCUCUCACUGUUUGGAUUUCGUGUUUUUUAAAGUGAAAUAAGAUGGUUCACAUCGUUUUUUGAAACAUGCAAAUAAUUCUACAAGCAGCCUUUACUAAUUCAGGAUACUUCAAUUCUAGAUCCUCCUAACAUCUGUUUCUGGGACGGCCUACUGAUUACUGAUCUUCUAUCGUCUCUCAAAAAACACUGUAUAUAACUCUCUGUCUUUCUCUGAUCUACCACAUGAUCUGCCUAUAUUAUGUUAGCUUUUAUAUGUCUGACGAUGUUUUCAGUACCAUACACAGUCACCAAUUCAGCUUUGCGGCACCUUCUCCACUCUCCUGUCAAUGAUCUCUUUGAGGGACAAAUAUCAUUCUGAGAACUUUUAUUUCAAAUACCAGUAAAUAACUUAUUUAUUUCCCGCUGAUGUAGAGUCAAUGUUUCACUUUCAUAUGUAACAGUUGGGGAAAUAAUUGACUGUACAGUUUUAAUUUAUAUUGUUUUUUAACAACUAGAUCUUAGUAAUGAUAAUAGGGAGUAUAAUGCUCUAUUCCACGCAGCCAUAUUUGCUGAGACCUCAUUUUAUAUGUGGUUGUCAUCUGUGAUUACCGCCCCUAGAUAUUUAAACUCUUUGCUACUUCGAAAUUGUGGUCAUUAAUAGUUAUGUUCUGCCUAACUCUUCGUCUUGGAUUUUUGGUUACUAGCAUGUAUUUCGUCUUCUCUUCAUUUAUUCGAAGGCACAGACUACCUGUUCGUUCCUCGAGUUGUGAAAACACCUCUCUCACGUCUGUUGUAGAAUAAGUGACUGCACCUAUAUCAUCAGCAAAGGCCAACAAUAGUUUUGAUCCUCCAUUCUUAAAUCUUCCUGUCAGCUGAGGUGGCCAAAUUGAACAGCAACAGUGAUAAGGUGUAUCCUUGUACAAGUACUGAUGUUACACUUAGUCUUUUAUAUUUGCUGUCAGUAAUUUAAGACAUUUUGCAACACAAAAAUUAAAAGUAAUUCAGGUACAUUUAUUAAGAGCCACAAGUAAUCCUUCAAAGAGCCGCAUGUGGCUCGCGAGCCACAGUUUGGCCACCCCUGGAGUAUAGUGUUCUAAUGUCCUACAUAAGAAAAGUCAAUUACCUUACAGCUCAGGCUUCCGAAGUCUCAGCAAGUACACGAACCGGUUGACGUCCCCUGCGAUGAGACACCACCUGCAGUCUCCGUCACUGUGUCACUGCACUCGGGUCCCAGCUUCUACACUCCAGACGACAACUUCGGACAUUGUUAGUUCGGUAUUACGCGAAUUCGUAUUUUUCUCCGCGGAUCACUAUUGAAUAAUUCGCACCCGAUACCCGAUCGCACUCUUUCCGCAAAGAAUUAACCUGUAACUUAAAAAUGCUCCUCGUUCGCUCGUCGCUCACACACACGCCAAGAAAAAAAAUUCAAAUCGUCCUUCUUCGUCGGUUGUCACAGCACACUGCCCCGAAAAAACCAAAACGUUAAAAUAAUUCUUCGAAUCUGUUCAUAUCGUCUAUUAAAAGUUUUAACAUCGAAAAGAAAAAUAAACUCAUUAAUCUUUAUCACUAUUCUCAAAAGUGUCCCGCAGGUAUUCCGAAGUGGUUCACCCUUAUCGCGUGUCAUAAAAAUAAAUUUAAUUACCAGCCCCAGAUGAAAAGAUAUCGGAUUACGCGUAAAGAAUUUGGAAAUCCGACGAAUAACAUAUUAACUUCGUUAACAAUUAUAAAACCAGAGACGUUACAGUACUUAACGAUCUUUCAGUUGUAACUAGCACGAAGGUUAUUGUUGUUAGGUAUUACCAUAUCAACCAGUGUUCUUUGUUUAGUUAUUAUGUCCCUUUGGUUGGUCGGAGAGCACAAUGCGGUCACGGUAUAGCCUGUAGUUGUCAUUUUCAAGCAUUUUCUGUCAGGGACGUAUUGAUAUUAAGGGAAAUGGUUGGUUUGGAGUAGUCCCGGUUUUUUUGGCUAGUUCUUGGUGAAUAAUCUUUCCUAUUGAGUCAUGUCAUUCUUUAUAAUCAUUUGCCACAAACACCUGGCAAUCCCCGUUAAAAUAUUGGAUGGUUUUUGGGGUUGACGUCCAUAUCGGCAUUUGUUAUUUUGGACAUGAGGGUCUUUGACGAUAUAUUUCAGGUAAUUUUUGGUUGGUAUAACCUGAUCCUGAAUAGUGACUAAGGAACUUUCAAUUUCAGAGAACAUCAUUUCUGAUGUAAGCCAAUAGUUGGACGCUAUUGUCAUAUUCCUGGCUGAUCUCAUUGGGAUGUCGCCCAUGAAGUGGUUUACCCAUCCAGCUGCGCAUUUUUUUCUUGCUUAGAAAGAUGAUUUUAUGCGCGUGUCAUCUACUGUACAAAUUGCGAUAUGUAAAGUAGAUAGCCUGUUUAUGAAAAUAAGUUCUUAAAUUGGCAACCUGUUUUUCCAAUUGUUCACCUAUGUAAAGUAUUUUUUAGGUCUACGAAGCAUAAAUAUUCCAUUCUAUUAUGUUCAAUUUCUUUUUCUGUGAUUUGUCUUAGUACAAACACGGCGUAUAGGUACGCACAAUCUUCUGGAUAUGAACCCCUAUUAUUCGUCUAAAAGUGUCUGAUCAAUUUAUUGUUUCUUAUCUGUUUGUUAAAACUUUUGUAGUAAGCUUGAGUGUGGUGUUCAGUAGUUUUAUACAGUUGCUGUGGUCUUUGUCUCGUUUUUUAAAAAUAGGUAUCAUUCUACAUGCCUCUGGUAUCUUGCAUUGUAAUAAUACUUUUUGGACAAGUUUGUCAUCUCUAGGGCCAUACUUUCUCCGUUUAAUUCCUCUUGUGUAUCUUAAAAACUUCUGAUGAGUUUAAUAUGUACCAUAUUGAAAAGAUGAUGGGUAUGUAAUUUGGUUUGGUCACAAACAAAAUGAACUUAAAAAUAUCAUCAAGAAAUUAAUUAUAUAAUAAUUUAUUAUUCUGAUUAGGAAUAAUAAUAAAGUAAACGAGAAAACCUAUAUCUAAGUUUAAACACGAACUUUGUAUAAUAGCAUGUAAUAGUUUGCAUAAAUUUCACAAGUAAAUAGUUAACACUGUUGUGAAUUUCUGUCUACCUCAACAUUUACAUCAAAACAAAAUAAGUGCUACUAUAGUAUGCGGUCUACCCUCGCGUUUCUGCUAUAGCUUGCGGUGUACCGAGGGAUGCGGUGUAUAAGCUAUAUUAUAUUACAAUGCCGAAAAAAAUCUUUGCAAGUGUAUAAAACAAUAAAACCUAAAUACUUAAUAAUAAUUUAAUUUGUCAUAUCAAUUUGCUCUUUUAGUUGAAAAUAAACCAAGUUUGUGGCUUAUUUCCAACUAAAAUAGUAAAUUGAUAUAACAAAGUACAUAUUAAUUUGUAAAAUUAAAAUAAUUCUUAUGCGUUUUAUUCACUUUGUAAAUAUUGUUUUUGUUGGUAUUGUAUACAUGUGCUGUUAAUCACCAUAAUCUUUUCUAAGAAGGGUUUGCAAACAAUAAUGAAAGGCACCUUUGUAUGCAAAAUGUUUAUUGCUAAGUACUAAUAAACAUUUUUUAUACUACUACUAUUUAGGAAUAUAGGUACAAUAAAUUUUAUACAAAUUUAGUUUCUUUAAUAUUAUGCAAAUAACACCGUAAUCUUUUUCCAGGGUAAUAUCAUUCUUUCUUUUCAAAUAAAAUGGCCUUGUAGAUUUACAAAAAUUAGUGAAGUCUUAACUACUUUCAUUUUACAUUUAUUUUGCUCCAAAUGUUUAUUACUUGUGAAUAUAUAUUUUUUCAAAUUUCAUUUUUUUUUGCUGAAAGAGUUUUCUUGCAUUUCAUUAUUUUGUGCAAAUUCUUCAGGUAAAUCGCACCUUUGAGGUAGACUGUUUACUAUAGUAGAUAGCAACAAAAAAUGUUCCUCCUUCUUUUCAGACUGAGGCACAUCAGUUCAAAAUAUUCUAUAGUACUGGGUCAUUGUUAGCUUUUCUAUAACGAAUCUACCUACUGUAAUUUGUUUUUGUAAAGUCCGAAUUAAAUUCAUAGUGUUACGUAGUUUUAUUCAGUAUUUAUGAUUUAAUUUAAUUCCAAACUUUAUUUUUAUGUUUAAAAAUAAAUUGUUUAAUAUGUAAUUAUACGAUAAUAAACUUGUUACAUUUUUA